ACGUUGCCGUCAACGACUCCUUCAUGUGGGCGUUACGGACCGGCUCGCUUCCAUAACAGCCACUAAGCAACCAGCAAUCAGUCAACACAUUGCAAGUCAUCCUGACUACAUCAUUUUUUACAAGUUGUAUAAUUACUAUUGUGUGCUAGCCAGCUAUUACUCACUGAUCAGCAACCUGUCAUCUCGCCACUGAUAAACCACAUGGAUCCUCAAAACAACAUGGAAAACGAGGCAAAGAUGUUUCUGAGCCACGCUAAGACUCUCAGGCUGCACACCGGGAAUAUAGUCAACCGAAACCGGCUGAAAAAGAAGUGUCCAAGCUCUCCCUGCGAAGAGCUUCAAGACUGCAUUCAAGCUGCACUGACUGAUUGGACUGCUGCCAGAAAACCGGUCUCCAAUGACUUCCCAGACACGCUGGACUGCUCCCUCCCGCAGCCGACAGACGCCAUCCCCCCCGAAGAGAGGGAGGAGCUGAGGGUUUCAGUCAAGCUGUUCCUGUGCGAUGCGGUCGAAUCCUCCAUCAGAGACGCCGUGGAGAUGGCCUGCCAGACGCUGGCGGUGUCGCAGCUCGACUCUGUCAUCAUAGCUCCAACGUGGCCCCUGGAGGGGGAAAGCCAGAGUCUGGCUCACCUUCAGCCGGCCUGGGAGGAGCUGGAGGCUCUGGUCAGGAGCCAGAAGAUCGCUGCCAUCGGUACCUCGGACCUGGACAAAGACCUCCUGGAGCAGCUCUACAACUGGGCUCAGGUGAAGCCCAGCAGUAACCAGGUGAACCUGGCCUCCUGCUGUGUGAUGCCUCCCGACCUCACAGCCUUCGCUAAGGAGUUCGACAUCCAGCUGCUCACACACAACGACCCCAAAGAGCUCAUGUCAGCGGCCACAUUCCAGGAGGCGGUUCAGGAGGGAACGCAGGACCUGAGCGCUGCUGACUGGAGGCUGGAAUGGGUGCUGCGCUACUCCAUCAUCGUGAAGAGCCGGGGUAUCAUCAAGGCUAAGGGCUACCUGGUCAGUGCAGGGAAGGCCAGGCAGUAGCACCUCCCACCACAGAAGAAGACAUGGAUGAAGCCAUUUUCCUCCUUCCUCCUCCAUUGACAUAAACACACAACAUGCAAAAUCACAGCUCUGAAUAAUGGAUGCUGCCAAUCACCGACCAUCUCUAAGUCUUUGUUUAUUCUACAGAGAAGGUUUCAUCUUGAUCAUGUAUGAUUCAUUUUAUCUGUAUUCCUUCCCCCGGGUCAGUGAGGUGAAGAAGUUUUCCGAUGACCAGCACUUCAGCAGAUUAGAGUAAAUGCUGCUUUUAAGAUGAACAGGGUGGUUGCUAAAUAGUUCUCCAAGGUGAUCGUUCCUUAACCUAUUUCUGACUGUAAGUGCCUCUUGUCUAUUUCCUUCCUGUCUUCAUAACGGCUUUGUCUCAUCUGUGUGUGGUGAAUGAAGCAACAGGUAGGAGGUAUUGUUUUGUACCACAGAAUGAUUCCAAACAGAUUGAAAUGGGGAAAGUAAAUGGACUCAGAUUGAAUUCAUGCAAUUGGAUGAUUCUUUCCUUCUUGAUAUUACAACAACAUUUGCAAAUUAAACUACACAUAAGAUGUUUAUUUUAUGAAGAUUGACUCAGUGAGGCAGACGAUUAUGUGCAUAUAUAACACUAUUUCAUCAUGCAUUUUUUUCUAACCAUGUGUUUUUGACGAUGCAUUGACAUUUUCCCCCGUUUGCUCGACAUCAGUUUGAGGAUUGCGAGUACAGCAAUAUAUUUUUUUCACAUGCAGUGCAGUCUUCUCCACGCGUUGUUGUUAUAGCACUGUAAGCUCUGUGCCGAGAGGUUAAAAACGUGUCGACUCUGAGGGAAGUUUUUAUUUAAGAAUCAUGAUGCUUUUUCCAGACGAGUUCCAGUAAAUCUCAUGAAGCAAAGUUAUCUGUUGUACUGUAAACAAAAAAUAAUGGUAUGUCGUCUAUCUGUAUAUCAUGAUUUGGCUUUAAUAAAGAUUUAAAAACU